AUGUUUACAUCUGCGUUUGCACUCGCCUUUUUUGCGGCAGUGUCGAUUGCAACGCCAAUAAACCAGCAAUCGGCAUUCUCAUUGGAUGAAAGCAAUGCUUUAUCUGUCCCGGAGUUCGCCUCAAGACCUGAGCUUUUCCAACUUCAUAAAGACUUAAUUCAGGUGUCCUCACUAAGUCGCCAUGAGGAAAACGCAACUGCAUUUUUAUCUAAAUACCUUAGUAACCAGGGACUCAAUGUUGAGCUUUUAGACUCUCCAGCCGGCGGAAAAAACGUCUAUGCGUAUUUUGGUGAAGACAAGAAUGCAUCUGUGCUUUUGACAAGCCACAUUGAUACCGUUCCUCCAUACUUUAACUACUCACUUGAGAGAGACGCGGAAAACAGGCUCAGGAUACACGGCCGAGGUUCAACUGACGCAAAAGCUUCUGUUGCAUCUCAAAUAAUUGCUGCAAAGGAGCUUGUUGCAGAAAAAAAGGUCUCGAGUGAAGAUAUCAGCUUCCUAUAUGUCGUGGGGGAGGAAAUUGGGGGCCUUGGUAUGGUUCCAGCCGAUAAGCAACUCAUAAAAGAGCAUGUUGGUUGGGAUACUGUAAUAUUUGGAGAGCCGACGGGAAACAGACUUGCCGUCGGACAUAAGGGCAUCUACUACUUCCAAAUCAGGGUGUAUGGCCGCUCCUGCCAUUCCGGCUAUCCGGAGCUCGGUGUGGACGCCAACAAGGCACUAAUCGGUAUAAUGAAUGAUUUAUUGACCACGCAGUUCCCUGAAUCCAAGCUUUUGGGUAAAGCAACUGUCAACAUCGGUGAAAUUGACGCCAGCAAUGCAGCAAAUGUACUUUCUCCAUAUGCUGCAUGCACAGUCCUCAUCAGAGCAGCCAGUACUACUGACAAAAUUGCUGCAGUCGUUGACCAGAUUAUUUCAAAGCAUGAAAAAGAUGCCAUCAGGAUUGAAACAGAGACCACCCAACGGGCAGACCCAACAUAUGUUGACUACGAUGCUCCAGGUUUUAACCACACGUCACUAUCAUGCUCCACGGAUGUGCCUAACAUGCUCAACAGAGGCUUUAAGAGGUACCUCUAUGGUCCUGGCCUUAUCACCAUUGCACAUUCGGCCAACGAGUACAUUCUCCCCAAUAUGCUUGAGCAGGGUGUUGAUGAUUACAAGAGAUUGGUUUUGCACGCUCUCGGACGGAACUGA